AUGGCGCUACCAAAUCUAGGAGCAUUUAUUGAAGUCGAGCGCUCCAGUCGUGUCUCGAGUCCGCCAGCCGCAGCUCGAAGGGACAAGACUCACACCUCGAGAUCAGAGACCGUCUAUGAACUGCAAGACAUGCAGUCGCAGUCAGCCUCUGCAAACUCGCGGCUGUCAAAACCUAGCGCAGCUGUGACAUUGAGCCCGCGGCCAACGCCUCGUCUACUGGAAGACCACCAAGGCUCCCUGCCCACAGCUGAAGCUCCAGACUGCGCUCCAGAUCGUAUAAUUGUACCAUGGAAGACCAAGUGGCGGGUGUUGAGUUGCAGUAUGAUCAAUUUCGGGAACGGUUUGAAUGACAGUGCUCCCGGUGCACUGAUCCCGUAUAUUGAGAGUCACUACGGUAUUGGAUAUGCCGUGGUCUCGCUCAUUUUCGUCACCAACGCACUUGGUUUCAUCUCUGCGGCACCAGCCACCCAUGCCAUUGAGCGUCAGUUGGGCCGGUCCAAGAGUUUUGCCCUCGCCAUGUCGCUUCCGGCUAUCAGCUACGUGAUCAUCAUCUGCCAGCCACCGUUCCCUGUCGUCGUUUUGAGUUUCCUCAUGCUUGGUUUUGGUGUGGCGCUCAACCUGGCUCUCACCAACGUCUACUGUGCCAACUUACCUAACUCGACCACCGCGUUGAGUUGUCUUCACGGCGGCUACGGUCUUGGUGGUACAGUGGCCCCCUUGUUCGCCACGGCAAUGGUCUCUCGUGGAAUUCGGUGGUCGCUCUUCUACAUCGUUCCCUUGGCAUUCUGCCUGCUCAAUCUCAUCUACGCAAUCUGGGCCUUUGCAGGGUUCGAGGAGGACACAUCGGCCGAGGUGAUUCGGCCAACAAGUUCGCGCCCGUCGACGGCCAGCCGCUCUCUGUCCCGGAUGCAGCAAUUGAAAAGGGCCAUUCACAAUCGUACGACCCUGCUCGGUGCCCUCUUCAUCUUCGCUUAUCAGGGAGCUGAGGUGUCCACCUCUGGCUGGGUGGUAUCCUUCCUCAUCAGCUACCGACUCGGUGACCCUUCCCACGUGGGCUAUGUCAGUGCCGGAUUCUGGGCCGGGAUCACCGUCGGACGUUUCUUGCUGGUUCAUCCGGCAGCCCGAGUGGGCCACAAGACCGCAGUCAUGAUCAUGAUAGCCGGUGCUGUAGCCUUCCAGUUGAUGACCUGGUUGAUACCGAAUAUUGUCGGAGAUGCAGUCGCGGUUGCGAUCCUGGGACUGCUAUUGGGACCCGUGUUCCCGAGUGCUACGGCGGUGUUUGUGCAACUUCUACCACGUAGGAUGCAUAUGACGAGCCUGAGCUUCAUCAGCGCACUGGGAAGUAGUGGUGGUGCGGUCUCGCCCUUUAUCACUGGCCUUCUGGCCCAGCAUGUGGGGACCAUGGUGCUGCAUCCGAUCUGUAUCGGGCUCUAUGGCGUGAUGGCGACGAGCUGGCUUCUGUUGCCCAAGAUUGUGAAGAGAUCCGACUAA